CAAUAUUGACUUUGUUAGGGAUGACCGUGCAUUGCUGAUGUUUACUCUAAUAAUCGGGUCGAGUCUCCCAGAAUUCGGACAAUGAACGAUUCUUGUCGCGGCGGCACCUAAACAUGUCGAUAAUUCAGCGAUUUGCAUUGUUCAAUUAAUUGAAUCAGCAUAACGAAUCGAAUCGCUUUGAAAAAUUACAAUGACGAAAGAGGCUGUUACGGCCUCUAAGCAGGGGCCUCAACACAUGCAAGGCCCAACACUUCUGCCAUCACCUGUUGCUCAAGCCGUCAGCCUUGCCACUCGAUCAACGUCGCUCGCCAUUCGCAUUGGAUCCGUGGUGAGCAACGCCGGCCUCGAUGCCGCAAGAUUCACUACCCUCGGCAGCCUCGGGCUGGCCCGGGGCAUGAUUGAAGGCGUCAUGAGCCGAGCUGCCAAAGAUACCCUUGAGCAAUCGCAGACCGAGCUGGCCGUUCAGGAAGCAGAGACGAUUCUAGAGCGCAGCCUCGAAAACCUGCACUAUGCCGUCACUCAGGCUGUCUUUUGGACUUCAGUCAGCUUCCGGCUCACAGGCACAACCAUCUCUACUGCUUCUGCAGGCUCACAACUCCUUUUAUCGUCUCUUGACCAGCUCCUCGGCUCAACAGAUUCCUCUCGAGCAGUUUCAAGCAUCGUCACUCUUAUUCGCCGUGAAUUCGAGAAUCCCACAACAGGCCUUCAAGGAGAGCGAGUCGGUGUCAUUGAUCUGACGCUUGCGCUCAGCACGCUGGCCUAUCUACAGCGAGCAUGCCGCAAAACGACUGAAGAAGAACGCCGAAGGCAGUCCUAUGAAGAAAUUGUCUGGGAUGUGGUUGUCUUGGAAAACGGAGAUCGGGUUGACAUUGAUGAAAAGGUGUUUAGUGAGAUCCGCGGGGGCUACAGCAGCCAGGAUAAGGAUAUUGUCCCGUCGACUCCUUCCAACGGUUCCAUGAAUAAUGUUGAAGACGACGAAGCUGUUAUAUCCCGCCUUAAGAGCCAGAUAAUGGCCUCUGUGGCUCCAGGCACCGCAGUAUCCAUUUCCAACUCGGUAUCUUCGGUGCAAACAAUCACCGUGGAUGUUCAUGGAUCAAAUCUCCUUUCUCUACCAACCCCGCCAGGCGCUGAAAUUGUCGAGACACAGCCCCUCCUCACUUCUGGAAGCUCUCUAUCAUACCAUUCAUCAGACCAAAAAGAUCAACCUGCAUCAUCCUACCGGGUGGUAUACAAGAUAAAUCGCAAUAAGAAGGAAACGACGUCUUUCCGAGGCGGAGAAGAGCCUCAAGUAGAAGCUGUCGAAGUUAUUGGCGAUUAUCAGAGUUCUGGGAGCGAGGAAACUCUCACAGAGACGCCUACAAUUACUCUUCCCGAGGAUCCAUCACCUCCAUCUUCACCUUUUACGUCGCCAUCUGCGACUUUUGCUUUCCAAUCGCCGCCAAUUCCUCCAAAGGAUAAGAGAAAACACCAUAAAUCGCAGCCUCAUGAUUUCUCAAAACCAACCAAAUCAAGUUCUCGCAAAAACAAUGGCGACUCCGCUAAAACUUCUUCUCGAACGUCUACACCCUCAAAAGAGCCAAUGUAUUUGGAAGAUUUGCCGGCCCAAAACCAAAAGAAACAACGCACCCAUAAGACUCAAGAUACAAGUAAGAAAGCUUAUGCUGGGAAGAAGACCGAAGCAGGGGCCUCUUCAAGGACGCCUGAUAAAAAGGCUGGGUUAAAGCAUAUCCUCAGAGGAAACGGUCCGUCCGUCUCACAUAUAUGGACAAAGGAGUCAAUCCCACUGGACUAUACCGGCGGCAGAGACCUACAUGCAAAACCUUCCCUUAGAGAUAUAGCGAGAGAAUUACGGUCGGGAUCCCCACCAAGCGAUGCAGUGCCAAGGUCGCCCACUGAACACUACAGUGUCUAUCUUAAGCCUCCUGGUGGUCAUCGUCGAAAUCGGUCGUAUGCUACCAGCAUAUAUAGCGCCGGCACCAACGACUCAGUGUCAUCAUUGGUAUUGUCUUCAUACUAUCAAAAGAGCGCCUACAAUACCUCGGACGCGCUACAUUCCCUUCAGACGCAAGGUUUCGUCGAUGGAACCUUUCCUGAGGGCCAUCUGCUCCCUAAUAUCACUCGAUACAUGCGAUUCUCCUCAGCGAGUUAUGGCUCGCACUUUCUCAAACUCACUGGUAUAUCCAGUGAAACGCCGAGUCCCGGCGCUUGGGAUGGAAUUCAUAACGAUGUACGGCAUUUUGCCCAUCACACAGAGUCGCAGACCGACAAUAUUCUUCUCGCUUCCUUCGUUGACCCGCAGGGUGGUAGCGACGCAACUGGUUCCACCAGAUCUGGCGUUCCUCUUGUCCAUUACAUCUCACUCGACCAUGCGGCCAAGGCCGUUGUGCUUGCCUGCAGGGGCACGUUGGGAUUCGAGGACGUACUGGCGGAUCUGACCUGCGAGUACGAUAGACUCGUUUGGAGAGGCAGAGGUUAUCGUGUUCACAAGGGCAUUCAUGCCUCUGCUAGGAGGCUGCUCUACGGUGACGACGGUCGCGUUUUAGUUACACUCCAAGAAGCUCUACGCGAAUUCCCCGACUAUGGGCUUGUAUUGUGUGGGCACUCUUUGGGAGCUGGCGUCACCUCGUUGCUGGGAAUCAUGCUGUCUGAGCCCAAUCCUUGUGGCCCUGGCUUCGUCACAUCCGCUGAGCCCUACACAGUCAGGCCUCCACCCAACGAGGCCCUUAUCAAUGUGAGGCUCAGCAAGAUUCGCCCUCCGUCUGGUCGCCGCAUACACGUAUAUGCAUAUGGCCCUCCAGGUGUCAUGUCAUCGUCUCUGCGCCAAAUCACUCGCGGCCUCAUUACCACCGUCGUACACGGCAACGACUUGGUGCCUCAUCUCUCCUUGGGCCUGCUCCAUGACUUUCAAGGCGUUGCCCUGGCGUUUAAGAACGAUGCAAACAACACAAAGUCCGAAAUCCGCCAGCGCAUCUGGAAUGCCCUACAAGACAAUGUCUCAGAUAGAUGGUAUUCCUAUCGCAGCGCCAGCAAAGUCGCCAGCAGCGGAGGCGUGAGUGACGAAGAGAGAUGGAUGCUUCCCGCGCUGGAUAAUAUGAGGGCAAGCAUGAAGGGCACAAAGCUCCUCCCGCCUGGCGAGGUGUUCACUCUUGAGACGCAGCGGGUGUUGAGGAGAGACGCUUUUCUUCUCUUGGAUGAGGAGCAUAUUGGGAGACCAGCGCAGAGGAUUGUGCUCAAGUACGUGAAGGAUGUGGAGGGUCGGUUUGGAGAGGUGCGAUUUGGGGCGAGCAUGUUGACGGAUCAUAGUCCGGCGAAGUAUGAAGAUGCUCUGAACAAGCUGAGGGUGGGAGUGUCGACGUGAUAUACCUAGAAUGCAAGAUGAGUUUUAGAGAGGCCGUAAGACGUUUGUCCAGCUGCAAGAAUAUGCAAGAUGCUAUAGAUAUUGUGCAAUUCUCAUGAAAUAGAUAGAUUAACACGACUAGUGUCGCUUUUACUUAAACAUUACUUUCCAUGCUGAUACCUCAAAUUCACGCCGCACUC